CAAAUGGUGAGAAAUAAAAAAUUUGCAAAGUACUUUUUAAGUUUGUUUUUUGUUUAAAUUUAAUAUAUGUGUUGAAGUGAAUUGAACGUUUAUUUCUGUGUAAAAAAAAAUAAUAAUAAAACAUUGAAAACUACGUAAAUUUAGUGCUAAUGGUGAAGAUUUUUAAAAUUUAACAAUGAAUAGGCAGCCAUUACAAUCCUUUGGUAAUAUGCAACUAGUUAAGACCUUAGGGGAGGGAGCUUUCGGUGAAGUCCACUUAUGGAAGCACUCUCAAACUGGAAAGGAAUUCGCCACCAAACGUUUAAAGAAAAAUCCACAUUUAAACGCCGAUGAAAUAAGCAUAAUGCACAAACGUUGGCAUCAAGAAUACAAAUGGAUGCAAAAUCUACAAACACCACAUAUUGUAAGAUCUGCUGAUAUAAAUGAUGAGGAGUUUCUUAAAUAUUUAGCGAAUGGCAAUCAUAUAGAAAAUUCAUUGCCCGUUAUUAUAAUGGAAUAUUGUAAUGGUGGCGAUUUGAGAAGGCAACUAAAUCAUGUAGAAAAUGUUAAUGGUCUCAAAGAGUAUGAAAUACAUAAAAUUUUGUAUGCUCUACUUUGUGCGAUCGAGUAUUUGCAUCAAGUGUGUAAUAUUGAACAUCGUGAUAUUAAGCCAGAAAAUAUUGUUUUACAUAUAGAGGGAAAUGAAAAGAUUUAUAAGCUCACCGAUUUCGGUUAUGCACGAGAAAUUCCAGACCAAACUAUAGCACAAAGUGUUGUUGGUACCCGCAACUAUGUAGCACCCGAAGUUAUUGAUCCUGGCAAUUAUACAGAAACUGUUGAUUAUUGGUCCAUUGGUGUAGUGGCUUAUGAGAUUAUUUGCGGCAAUCAUCCCUUCAUACCACAUCACACUUUUUUUACUCGCAUGACUAACAUAAAACGAAAAACACGAGAAUGCAUUGCUAUUGUAGAGGAUGUCUACAAUCCAAAUACAGAAAGUUUUAUUUUCAUUAAGCAUUUGCCAACUCAAAAUCAUUUCAGUCCAAUUUUAAAAACAAAAAUGGAAGAUUGGUUACGUUUAGCUUUGGAUAUUGAUUACAAAACAAGAGGUAGAAAUAAAAAUAAUGAAUUGAAAUUCUAUAGUGAUUUGCAUUCGAUAUUUGCGAAAAAAAUUGUUACAGUAUUUUCAUUAAAAACAUAUGAAAAAUUUUACUAUGACAUCGAAGCAUUCUCCAGUUUACAGCAUUUUUUUCAACGCAUUUCAUAUGAUACUCAAAUUGAAUUUAACAAUAUAUUCACAAUAAAUCCACCAUUGCAUCCAUGUAAAAAUAUACUAAAUCCCAUCGAUUAUUAUGUGCCAGAAUGGAGUGACACUAGUAAUCCUCUAAAUCCUCCUGUCAUGUUGUUUGUGGGCGAGUUUUUAAUACAAAGUGAUUUGAAUAUAAGCGAAGAAACAUAUUUCGAUAUAAGCGAUACAAUUAAAACCUGUAUGAAUAUCAAUCCACAUGAUGAAAAUAUUCCCCUAUGGUUGUUGCAGCAGUUUGAAAAAGACGUACAUUUCAUAUUAACCAAAGAACAACAUUAUUUAGAUUGUUAUCAAAUGGGUCUUCAGAAUUACGUAAUUGAAAUAGAAUAUAAUGUUUUUAAAUACAAAUAUGAAAUAGAGAAGCUUAAUAAAAAAACAUCAGAGCUCACAGGAGGUGUUAAAAAUUCGAAUAUAAUUUUAAAUGAAUUUCUAAAUAUUCCAAAUGGACAGAUUGCCGACUCAGCAAAAGAUAUGGCACAAAAGUUUAAUAUGAAUUGCCAAAAUUUUGAAGCCAAUAUUGUACCAAUGUUAAAUCGUUUAUACACACAAAUCUUACAAACUUUCCGAGAUUUGGCUAGCAGUACAAUUUAUAAAGAAAUCAGAGAAAAAGACAUUUUUGAACUCUCAAAAUACCGCAAGUAUCUUCAUGUUGAAUAUCCUCUUAAUCAGCGGUUAGAAAAUGCUCAAUGUGCUUUUGAUAAGUUAUUGCAAGAAUUUAAAAGUUUUACCAAGAGUAGUAAGUGGAAAGAAAUUCGUGAAAAAAUAAAUAAAAAUCUACAAUUAUACAAUAAUUUACGCCAAGAAGUUAACAAUGUAUUCAAUGAAAUGAUUCGAUUGGAAAAUGAACUAUAUGAAUAUACCAGAUCGAUGGUAAGACAUGCCAUGAACAAUACUAGAUUGACUUCGAGUAUGAUUGCUUUGGAUGGUACUAAUGAGCAGUAUUCAUUAAGUGCUUAUGAUUCAGAAACUCCGGAAUUGAUAAGCGAUUGUCAGUCCAUCAUCGAUGCUAUGCAGUCAUCAAUGUAUAUAGAUGAAUAAAAAGUGCCGUAUAUUUAUGUUAUAUAUUCAAAUUAAAUUAGUCAUAAGUUUUCAUGUACAUAUGUUAUAUUUAGAUUUAAUCCUUUUAGAUUAAGAUGUUCUUCAUUACGCCAAAGAAGUACGGGUGAUAAUGAUAUUAUGUACUCCACUCUACAUAUGUAUAUAAUUAUUAAACGUCGUAACCUACUUCUUAAAGUUAAGCAAAUAGCAACAACAUGAAUUAGUAUAUAAGUACGUAUAUUAAUAGUGUUUUAAACAAGACAUGUUAUUUAUGUAUAACAGAUCGACUUAGGGACCUUAUGUGAAUUAGUGAAUGAUACUGAGUAUAAUGUGUAAUGAGCUGUUAUCUUUCUCUCAAGGAAAUUUACACAUAGGGAAAUAUAGCAGUUUAUUAUGAACUGUUGUUAGGUACUUCGUUUGAAUAUUGCAAAAGAAUUGCGGUUAAACCACUCUCAAAAUAAACUUUAAAUUGUUUUAAACUAUUUGUAUGUCUGUUUAAUGUAUAAAGUUUUUUUUUAAGUUAUUUUAAGAAAUUUAGAUUUUAGUUUUCAUAUACAUACUACGUAUGAAAUGCAUGUA